UCUCUCUCUCUCUCUCUCUCCCUGUGCCCCUGCACAGACAAUCACGCCUCGUCCUAUUCGCAAUUUCGAAUCUGCGGUUUUCUGCUCGUCCGGCGAGAAUAUCCGUUGCCAUUUCUCUCUCUAUGAUGUGAAGAAAGACCGCGAUGCACGCCUACAAUCGGCUCCCGAGCAGCGGACACAGCAGCCCAUCGUCGCCGCCGGCGUCCCCGCUCAGCCGCUCCCCGCGGUACCGCCACCGCGGCUCCAAAUCGGGGAGGCCGCCUCCCAAGACCCUCGCGCAGCGCCUCGCCUGGAUCCUGCUCUCCGUUCUGUUAAAGCGGCAGGGGAUUUUCCUCUUCGCCCCUCUCCUCUAUAUCGCGGGGAUGCUGUUCUACAUGGGGACGGUGUCGUUCGAUGUGGUCCCGGUGAUUAAGCACCGGCUUUCCCCAGGGUCCGUUUAUCGGAGCCCCCAGCUGUUCGCCAAGCUCCGACCCGAGAUGGACGCGGAUAAUUCCACGGCCGAUGCGAUAUCAACAAUAUGGAAGCACUCAUAUAAAAGUGGUGAAUGGAGACCUUGCAUCAACAUGUCUACUAAAGGCUUACCUGAAUCAAAUGGAUAUAUUUUUGUCGAGGCCAAUGGUGGUUUGAAUCAGCAGAGAACAUCAGUAGUUGUUCUGGAGUUCACUAUUACUCACAUAUUUAUGAUAUGCAAUGCUGUUGCUGUGGCAGGCUACCUCAAUGCAACUCUUGUAAUUCCAAACUUCCAUUUUCACAGCAUUUGGAGAGAUCCAAGCAAAUUUGGUGAUAUUUAUGAUGAAGAUUUCUUUAUAAAAACACUAGAAAAUGGUGUGCGAAUAGUUAGAACAAUCCCGGGCCACAUAAUGGAGAGGUUUGACUAUAAUAUGAGCAAUGUGCACAACUUCCGGAUAAAAGCAUGGUCAUCCAUCAAGUACUAUACAGACACAGUUCUUCCAAAGCUACUAGAAGAAAAGAUCAUAAGAAUCUCUCCUUUUGCAAAUCGACUGUCAUUCGAUGCUCCGCCUGCAGUUCAACGUCUUAGAUGCUUGGCGAACUAUCAAGCUCUGAAGUUUUCGGAUCCUAUUUUGACUUUAGGUGAAACAUUAGUUGCAAGAAUGAAAGAGAGAAGUGCUAAUAAUAGUGGCAAAUAUAUCUCUGUGCAUCUUCGCUUUGAGGAGGAUAUGGUCGCUUUCUCUUGCUGUGUAUACGAUGGUGGAGAGCAAGAAAAACUAGACAUGGAUGCUGCAAGGGAAAGAGGUUGGAAGGGAAAAUUUACUAAACGAGGUCGGGUCAUUCGUCCGGGGGCCAUCAGAUUAAAUGGGAAGUGCCCCCUGACACCUUUAGAGGUAGGUUUAAUGCUCAGGGGGAUGGGCUUUGACAAAAGUACUUCAAUAUUUUUGGCAUCUGGAAAGAUAUAUGACUCUGAAAGGUAUAUGGCUCCUCUGUUAGAAAUGUUCCCAUUGCUGCAAACAAAAGAGAUGCUGGCAUCUGCAGAGGAGCUAGCACCGUUUCAGAACUACUCAUCUAGAAUGGCUGCUAUAGAUUACACUGUGUGUCUUCAUAGUGAAGUAUUUGUCACGACUCAAGGUGGAAAUUUUCCCCAGUUCCUUUUGGGGCACAGAAGAUAUUUGUAUGGAGGACACUCUAGGACAAUUAGGCCAGACAAGCGGAAGUUGGCAUUAUUAUUUGAUAAUCCAAAUAUUGGGUGGAGGAGCUUCAAACGGCAAAUGCUAAAUAUGCGAUCACAUAGUGACUCAAAAGGAAUAGAGAUCAAGAGACCAAACGACUCCAUAUAUUCGUAUCCCUGCCCAGAUUGCAUGUGCAAAUUGAACAAAACAGAGGAUUCAAAACCAUCAUCUUUAUCAUCAAACACGACAAGAUUGAUUCAGAGGACAGACAAAUAGAGUCGAGAAACAAAACGUGAUUGUUUCAGGGCACAGAAACAACUAGAGAGGUUCUUUUCGUUUCCUUUUUUGUAGUUGUGCACGUGUGGCUGCUAACCCCCGUAUAUACCUUUGAUUGCAAUUCUUUUAUUUUUUCCCUCCCUAAAAAUGAGGGCUGAAAACAAUUUUUUUUAAUUUUCUUCUGUGUUUUUGGUGAAGGGGGAUAGGAGAUGUUGUGUAGCAGGAAUGUGAUUGUUGGCCGGGUAAAAUUAGAAGGAAAAAAAAAAAAAUGCAACUUUUUGUGCAUGAUGCAAGAGAGGGAGAAGGUAUAGUUUUACUAGGGAAGAUGCAAAAUUUUACCCAGGCAUUAGUGUAUACAUGGAAUUUCUUCAUGUUAUCUUAGCUACUAUUUUCUGACAAGUUGUGUGAGAGGUUCGGGCAUGCAUUGUCCAUUGUGUGUUGUACAUUAGAGCAGUAUAUUCAUUUAGUCAAAAGCUAUGAGAGUUCUUCUAUUCCUUGUUUUAUUGUGUGUUGUACAUUAGAGCAAGGAUGAAACGCAUAUUCAUUUAGUCAAAAGCUCUUGAGAGUUCUUCCUUUCCUUGUUUUUUGUAUGUUCUUCGCUAAUUGUAAUUUGUUUGUGUGAUAUAA